UCCUUCUUCUUACACACAUUCGUUUUGACUUUGCAGAUGCAAUUCCAUCACAUACUGCUACUGUCUCUUGUAUCUGGAGCAUACAGUCUCUUAGGUUAUGACUGUAGCGGAAAAUCUUUAAAUGUCAGCACAAUCUCCUUACUCGGCAUAGGCGAAUGCCACUUCCAAGCAGAAAAAGUCAAUUCUAUCUCCACAUAUAUACAGCUUUUGCAAGUAACUGACUAUCCACAAACAAAGGUUAUAUCGUGCCGAGUCGAAAUCAACAGGCGCAUCUUCUACUGUGGGAUGCACUCCCACUUUUCAUUGGUCCAAGGUGAUCAUCAUAAGUACUUGGUGGAUCUCGAUCAAGGAGCGUGUGACAAGUUGCAUCGAACCAGAUCAUUUUCGUACGGCACUGAAAGCCCAGUGGUCGACCUCUUUCCAAACACUACAAACUACAGAUCACUGAUACUUGCUGGGACUAUCUCGGUAGACGGAUCGUGCCAUGGAUCGCAGUUUUCUGACCCAUACGGAACCUGGAACGACGUUGUGGUUGAAGCCUUCCUCUCCGUCAUCUUCUGGGACUACUACGCCUCAACCAAGACCUCGCAGAAUCUCCUCAUUCUCAAAUCAGGGACACACUGCCGAAUAUCUGAUUUAACGUGCAUCGAUGAGGACGGAGCCAAUGUUUAUUGGGCACCUCUACCUUCUGAUGCCUGCAGAUUCCAUUCUUACGACGUGCUAUACCAAGGACUUGCGACCAAGAUCUUCGACGCUAGUUCUCAUUAUCCUUUAGUUUAUUCAAUUACUUCACAAGAAACUACUGUAGCCCUAUCCAAAACAUCUGAACGCUCUCUUUGCGGAUAUACUUUAGUACAGACGGAACAUCCUAAACUAAUUAUAGUAGAAACCUCUAAAGAUAAUUCUUUCGCCGAAAAAUCCGAAAUUGUAGUUGACAAUCUGGACGCUUUUACUUAUAUAAAUUCUAAGUUUGUUUACGUUGAAAAAUAUACCAAAACUCAGAUUCAAAACCUAUAUGAGAACAUAAUUUUGCAAAAGUGUCAUUUAGAACAACAAAUUCUGAAAAACGCUGUCUUUAUGGCCCAAUCUCAACCCGACUUAUUUGCGUACACUCUAAUGAAGGGACCUGGUUACUUUGCCUUUAUUGCUGGAGAAGUCGCUCAUAUAAUCAAAUGUGUGCCUACAGAAGUUGUUCAACGCUCAACCAAGGAAUGUUUCCUCGAACUUCCUAUCCUUCUCAACAACCAAUCCCUUUUUCUCUCUCCCAAAACCCAUGUUAUUGUAAAAUCCGGAACUCCUAUCGAAUGUAACCCUCUGUUUCCCGUGAUGUAUCAAUUGAGGAAGGAAGAAUGGGUGAACCUAACGUCUAAACAAGCUGCAGUUUCAUCUCCACAAUGUUUGGAGCCUAUGGUAAAAUUUACAUGGAAGUACGCCGAGAGCGGCAACUCCGAUGAUCUUAACCUCAUGGAACGCAUGAAGCUCCUGAAAAAGCGGCUCUUAGAAGUUAAAAGUUUUCUAAGCGUCAUUAAACCAGUAUUGCAAGUAUUCCCCAAUUCUACCUUCAAAGAUGUCAUUUCUUCCCUCAUAGAUGACAUUUCUUCCCUCAUAGAUGACAUUUCUUCCCUCAUAGAUGACAUUUCUCCCCUCAUAAAUGUAAUAUUUCUAUCCUCAUACAUUAAUAUUAAUCUCAAUCUAUUUCUUGAUAUUUGGAAAUUGUAUCGCCAGAUUAAUGUGCAUUUAGCACAUUAUAAUUUUUUACUGCUACUGUCUCUUGUAUUUGGAGCAUACAGUCUCUUAGGUUAUGACGCCGAGAGCGGCAACUCCGAUGAUCUUAACCUCAUGGAACGCAUGAAGCUCCUGAAAAAGCGGCUCUUAGAAGUUAAAAGUUUUCUAAGCGUCAUUAAAUCAGUAUUGCAAGUAUUCCCCAAUUCUACCUUCAAAGAUGUCAUUUCUUCCCUCAUAGAUGACAUUUCUUCCCUCAUAGAUGACAUUUCUUCCCUCAUAGAUGACAUUUCUCCCCUCAUAAAUGUAAUAUUUCUAUCCUCAUACAUUAAUAUUAAUCUCAAUCUAUUUCUUGAUAUUUGGAAAUUGUAUCGCCAGAUUAAUGUGCAUUUAGCACAUUAUAAUUUUUUACUGCUACUGUCUCUUGUAUUUGGAGCAUACAGUCUCUUAGGUUAUGACGCCGAGAGCGGCAACUCCGAUGAUCUUAACCUCAUGGAACGCAUGAAGCUCCUGAAAAAGCGGCUCUUAGAAGUUAAAAGUUUUCUAAGCGUCAUUAAAUCAGUAUUGCAAGUAUUCCCCAAUUCUACCUUCAAAGAUGUCAUUUCUUCCCUCAUAGAUGACAUUUCUUCCCUCAUAGAUGACAUUUCUUCCCUCAUAGAUGACAUUUCUCCCCUCAUAAAUGUAAUAUUUCUAUCCUCAUACAUUAAUAUUAAUCUCAAUCUAUUUCUUGAUAUUUGGAAAUUGUAUCGCCAGAUUAAUGUGCAUUUAGCACAUUAUAAUUUUGGCAAUUAGAAGCAUAAAAAUUAUCACAAAUAUUACUAUUACUACAAUUACCAUUCAUAAAUAU